AUGAGCACCAGAGCCAUUCUUGUGUCAGGAGUCCUGAUCGUUGCCAUAAUACUGAUGGUGCUUUCAUUCACUGAAGUAUCACAUAUCGAAAACAUUCUGUCAAUGGUGCAAAAAGGUGGCUCAUUAAGUACAGUUCAUGCACCUAUGGAUUUGGAUGUAACCGACUUUUCCAAGUGUCUUGCAAGCACCAGUGAUUAUGAUAGAUCAGAAGUCUGCUGGACCAAAUUCAAAUUGAAGCAAGUGCGCAAGAUGCUAGAUCAAAUGGACGCCAUGCCACGUCAUGAGACCAUGCACUUUACAUCACUUAAUAAUCAUUCCCCUCAUCAGCUGCUUGUGCCUACCCAUCAGUGUGACGCUCUUAAAAUUCAACGAUUUGGUCCAAAUGCGUACUCUGAUAAUCCCAAGGGCAGACACCCCGAUGGUCCAAAAUGGAUGUGUCCAGAAUAUUUGGUUACUCCUGACGACAGUCCGUGCAUCAUCUUUUCUAUUGGAAGCCAUGGCGAAUUCCAGUUUGAAGAAUCAAUUCACAAGUUUGUCGGUGACAAAUGCAAGAUUUACACUUUUGACUGCACUGGUACAUGGAGCAACCCGACUACCGAGUUUCAUCCGUGGUGUAUUUCUGAUGAAAACAAGGUCGUUGAUGGCAAGAUAUUCAAGACUCUUUCUAAUAUGAUGAAAGAUGUUGGUGUUAGCACCAUUCAUCUAUUCAAAAUUGAUGUAGAAGGAUACGAAUUCCAGACACUCCGAACUCUUGAAAAAGAGCCCAGUGAUGCUCUUCCCAAGCAGAUUCUUGUUGAAGUGCAUUUCGGUGCGCCAUUUAGUUAUUCAGACCUUGAUACAAGGGUUGAUUCGUGGUUAAAGCCAGCAACCACUUUUUACCGAGCCAUUGAUAAGCUUGGAUACAGUAUUGCGUUGCGUGAACGAAACCCUACUAGUGAAUGUUGUGCAGAAUACAUUCUGAUCAAAGAGCCCUGAGUAUAAUUUCACUGGUCUCUCGAUUGGGUUUAAAAUAGUCGAUUUCCAUUUGAUUUUAAAGUCGUAUCCGCUACAAUGGAACGCUUGAUGUAUUUUCUUGGAUUGACUAUUUUACUCAGGAAUAAACAAUGGUUAAAUAUUCG